AUGGCUCCCGAGGCGUACGUGGCGGCCGCCGCCUGCCUGCUCGUCAUCGGCUUCCUCGGCUUCUUCUGCAACCUGGCCGUCAUCGUGCUGAUGUGCCGCGAGAAGCAGCCGCAGGUGCACGCGCUCACACCUCACACUUCACAGCCGCAGGUGCAUGUGCUCACACCUCACACUUCACAGCCGCAGGUGCACGCGCUCACACCUCACACUUCACAGCCGCAGGUGCAUGCGCUCACACCUCACACUUCACAGCCGCAGGUGCACGCGCUCACACCUCACACUUCACAGCCACAGGUGCACGCGCUCACACCUCACACUUCACAGCCGCAGGUGCACGCGCUCACACCUCACACUUCACAGCCGCAGGUGCACGUGCUCAUACCUCACACUUCACAGCUGCAGGUGCACGCGCUCACACCUCACACUUCACAGCCGCCCCCAGUGGCAGGGCGUCCAGAGCAGCGCUGCAGGACUCGCUCCUUUCUACGCCCACUCCCUGAGUGUGGGGCUGCUUUGACGUCGAAUGCUCCAGAGAAACAAAAUGAUUAA